AUGACCCCGAUCAAAUGGGCCCGUGUCGGCGAGAUAAGACUUCAACUUGACCAGCGGCAGCGCUGGAGGCUACGCAAUCGGCAUAGGCGUCGACAGCAACCUCACCUCCAAUCUCAUCCUCAUCCUCAUCCUCACCAUCGUCAACAUCAACACCAAGAAGCCCAUCAACCCAGGGAGCCUCAACCCUCCUACCAACAGUGCUCACGAAAGGACAAACAACAAAUAGUACAGCCAGACUCUCAGCGAUGCCAGCAGUUGCGUGAAAAGAGGGACUCUCAUUCUUGGCCAAAACACCAGGUCCUUUUGGGUAGUCAUCUGCAGUCGCAAAGCCUUCACCAAUUAAAAGAGACGUCUCUACCUUCGCCUGCAGAUGAGCCGCCUCCGAAAGCGUCCUCUUCGGUCGGUACCCUCAGAGCAGAACCCUCCCCACGGGCUCUCAAUUUCACCAGCAUGGCCUACUUGUCCACAGCCGCCUCGUCGGCUUCUUGUCUGUCCACUUCUCUUUUUCCCACCUCGAUAUCACCUCCCACCACCAUGCCGCUGCCAGUUUUCAAUUCUUCCUCGGGCCUCUUCCAAUCCUUCAACUCACUGAUUGACCUUCUGCCUCAGAACAGUUCUCUCAACCCCACACUGCUGUCGCUACUUUUCUACAUUCUCACUGGGUUGCCAGAUGUCCGAUCUUGCCGGGACUCGGCCCAACCCCCGGGUCUGGCCGACCAGCCUCCUCAGGUCAUCUCGUCUUUCGCUGCUCCUCUCGCCCGAUCCCACCUGCCCGAGGCAAAUCCGUCAAGCACCGAGAUCACCAACUUUGAAGCCCUCGGCCAAAAGUCUGACCAAAGGAGCCGAUCUUCUUCGCCCCUAGAGACAGAAUCCGAGCUGACCCGGCCGAUCUGUUCGACCGUCGAGGCCACGGCCGACUUUGACGAGGCAACCGUCCGCGGCCGGGCUUACAGUCUUCAUACUACCAGUCGGGAAAGUCGUCAGGACGGCACAUUACUUGGUUAUGGACUGACAAAGUCAGAGCAGACGUGGAUAACUAAGGCAUCUACGAGGGAAACAGCCCCUGUGUCGCCAGGGCAAUUGACCCCGUCCCGGUGCACCCACAGCCUUGAGUCAUGUUUGUGCUCCACCCCCUCUUCAGACGGGACAAGCCUUUCAGAAGAGCCAUCUUACCUCCCAUCAAGAGAAAAAGCGGCACCAAAUGUUGCCCUAACAACUGAUCUC